AUGCUGGAAUAUUUUUAUAGUGGAGAAAUUGAUGAAAAAACACUCGAAAAUCAUUCAAAAGAUUUAUUUGCUAUUGCACAUAAAUACCAAGUUAAACAAUUAAUGGAUAUUUGUGAAGAUUAUAUUAUCUCAACUAUUGCUGCUGAAAACUUUAGCAAGGAUUGCCUUUUUGCUGAGUUAUAUCAUCUUGCAAAACUCAAAAAGGCUUGUGUCAAUUUCCUUACUGCUAAUAAACAAAUCUUCCUGGUCAGUAAAGAAUGGAAAGAAUUUAAAUCUCUUAAUAAUGAUCUUGCUUUUCGUCUACUCGAAUCAUCAGCUUUAAAUGAAGAAAAACAAAUGGAAGAGAAACGAGUUGUUAGUUGCCCGAAUUGUGAAAAACGUGGGAGUGUUUCACUUUAUGGAGUUUUGUACGAAUAA